GCAGGCCCUCCAUACCCCUUGGCCGCCUGGGCAGUCCUGCUCUCCAGCCUGAGCUCUGAGACAAGGUCCAGGUGCCGACUGAGAGGAGCCCGUGGGCACGCCCGUCAGCAGGUGGCCGCGCAGUCAUGGUGUGGAACGUGGACGACCUGGACUUCCACCUGCCCUCGCACGCCCAGGACAUGCUGGACGGCCUGCGGCGGCUGCGCUCCCAGCCCAAGCUGGUGGACGUCACGCUGCUGGUGGGCGGCCGGGAGCUGCCCUGCCACCGGGGGCUCCUGGCGCUGAGCAGCCCCUACUUCCACGCCAUGUUCGCGGGCGACUUCGCCGAGAGCUUCUCGGCGCGCGUGGAGCUGAGGGACCUGGACCCUGCCGUGGUGGCGCAGCUGGUGGACUUCGUGUACACGGGCCGGCUGACCAUCACCCAGGGCAACGUGGAGGCGCUGACCCGCACGGCCGCGCGCCUCCACUUCCCCGCCGUGCAGAAGGUCUGCGGCCGCUACCUGCAGCAGCAGCUUGACGCCACCAACUGCCUCGGCAUCUGUGAGUUUGGGGAGCAGCAGGGGUUGCUGGGCGUGGCUGCCAAGGCCUGGGCCUUCCUGCGGGAGAACUUCGAGGCCGUGGCACAGGAGGAUGAGUUUCUGCAGCUGUCCCAGGAGCGGCUGGCCACUUGUCUGGCCGGCGACCUGCUGCAGGUGCAGCCGGAGCAGAGCCGGCUGGAGGCCCUGCUGCGCUGGGUGCGCCACGACCCCCAGGCCCGGGCCACCCACCUGCCCGAGCUGCUCGGCCUGGUGCACCUGGACGCCGUGCCCCGGCCCCGCGUGCAGCAGCUGCUGGCCACGGAGCCGCUGAUCCGGGAGUCGGAGGCCUGUCGGGAGGCCCUGUCCCAGGGCCACGAGGGGGCGCUGCUCGGGCUCCCGCAGGAGCUGGAGGAAGUUCUGGUGGUGGUCGGCGGGCGGGCGCUGGAGGAUGAGGAGGAGGAGGGGGGCGCCCAGGAGCUGGCCCCCCGCCCCGGGAACUUCGCCUUCUACGACACCAGGGCCAAGAGGUGGAUGGCGCUCCCAGACUUCCCUGACUACCACAAGUGGGGCUUCUCUCUGGCGGCGCUGAACAACGAUGUCUACGUGACAGGGGGCUCUCGGGGCACCAAGACAGACACCUGGUCCACGACGCAGGCCUGGUGCUUCCCGCUGAGGGAGGCAGCCUGGAGGCCUGUGGCGCCCAUGCUGAAGGCCCGCACGAACCACGCCAGCGCGGCGCUCAACGGGGAGAUCUACGCCAUCGGCGGCACCACUCUGGAUGUUGUAGAGGUGGAGAGCUACGACCCCUACACAGACACCUGGACGCCCGUCAGCCCAGCCCUCAAGUACGUCAGCAACUUCUCGGCGGCCGGCUGCCAGGGCCGGCUCUACCUGGUGGGCUCCAGCGCCUGCAAGUACAACGCCCUGGCUCUGCAGUGCUACAAUCCCGUCACAGUAUGUGUCCUCGCCGCGCUGCGCCGCGCUGCACGGGGCGCUCUACCUGGUGGGGGACAAUACCAAGAAGGUCUACGUGUACGACCCCGGGGCCAACCUGUGGCAGAAGGUGCAGUCCCUGCACAGCCUGCACGAGAACGGGGCGCUGGCGCCGCUGGGGGACGCGCUGUACAUGACGGGCGGCCGCUGGCAGGGCAUGGGCGGCGACUACCACGUGGAGAUGGAGGCCUACGACCCCGGGCGCGACGCCUGGACCCGCCACGGCGCCCUGCCCCGCCUCUGGCUCUACCACGGGGCCUCCGCCAUCUUCCUGGACGUCUCCAAGUGGACCCAGCCCUUCGGGCCCAGCCAGGAGCCCUGAGCCGCCCCUCGGUACACCUGGAGCAGGCCCGGCUGAGCCCCCGCCCCGGGGGACGGCCCCCUUUCACUGUGGUUUGUGAACCAAAGUGUCGCCGUCCCCUCCAGGGCUUGGGCUGGGUUCGGGCCACCAGGGGACGUCAGAGGACACAGCCUUGGUCUCCGCAGCCGCAACGCCAAACUCUGAGCUAACCAGCGGGAAGGGCUGGGCCUCUGGAAGCCUGUAUGGGUGGGAGAAGCAGCUCUCCUGCCCGUGGGGUGUCUGAGACCUCAGAGGAAGGAGCCCAGGGCCGGGGGAGCCUUGAGAGAAUUCCCGUGCUCUCUGAAUACUGGCCGCUCCUGGCUGUGUGUCCCACUGGUGGCUUUUGGAGGACCUGCACGGGUGAGGGUGACAUGGAGGCCCAGGAAGCGGAGGCUGUUGCAGAGGGUGGGCAGCACAGAGCAAAGGGCCUGAGGUGGGGUCAGCGCCCAGCCCUGGGGGGCCUGCUUCUGCCUGUCCCACAGCUGUGUGACCACGGCCGGCAGCCGACCCUCUCUGGGCCUCAGGCACAUGGGGCUGCCUCGGGUGGGCUGUCUGCUCUCCCUGCCCCCAGCCUUACGUUGGCACCCUGUUUCCAAAGACUGCCUCUGGGGACAAAGGAGACCCAGCUUUUUCUGUGUCAGCCCCAGGAGGGCAGCACUCACAGAGGCUGGAGGGAAGGGGGUGGGGCGUGGGGGGAAGGAGAGAGGGUCCUUCCACCUGCCUGGGGGCUGGGGGGAGAGAGGGCAGCAGGGCUUCCCAGGGAGGUGAGCAGGACGAGCCAGGAUUCCCCCUGUUUCUCGGGGUGGUUUGCUUCAAAACAAAGGCUCUUCAUCAGAAUGAAGGUCCCCAGACGGGGGGCCCACAGGGGCAGGGGUCCUGCAGGGACUUCGGGGGAUGGCCCUUGAGCACUUUGGUGGCUUGCCCCCAGGCGGCCUCCUGAGCAAGGAAGACCAGCACUUGGAGUGACUCAGGUGGCUCGCGCCUGCCCAGAGCCCCCCGACUUGGACUGGGUCCCCUCGCGGGGCUGGCUCGGCCUCCCUGCUCCUUCUCACUCAUCCUGAGCAAGGCACAAAGUCUGUAGCCAAGGGGAUGAUGAAGGAAUCUCACUGGGUGCUCAGUGGGCCUCCCCCUUUGACACAGGCUCCGUCAGGGGACACAGGACUACAGAUGGGGAGUUCUGGGUCCAGCCUGGAACCGACCAGCUGAGGCCUCGGGCACCUCCCGUCCCCCUCCGGACCCGGGUUUCCUCCCCAAGACCAGCCCACAGGGG